AUGAAUUUACGAUCUCGGCACUUCAUCGUAUGUAUCGUUAUAUAUUUAUUGAAUUGUCAUGGAGUUUUAUCGAAUAUACCGAAUUGUGCCUUUGAAGAUACCGUCAACAUAACUGCUAGUCAAAAAUUUCCGAACGGUACCUACUCCUACGUAGAUUUGUUAGUACCGCCACAUUUGAUUGGCUGCUAUGAUUACAUAGAAUUGUUCGGUGGUGAGCGCAAGCUCGUGGAGCAGCAUUUACGCGGCUGUGUGUGCCAACUCAAGCGAUGUAUCAAAUUCUGUUGUGAUCCACGCGCUAAAAUGAGUCGCUUAUAUGCAAACUCUCCAGCAAAAUGUGAACCCAUACGCGAUGAUACGAUAGGCGAUAUUAACUAUUCACCGUUUUUAAAUAUAACGCUGCACAACGGUACUCAGCGUGCAAUGAAUAUUCUGACUGAAUUUGUGAUGCAGAGAGGGUUACCGUGCGAAAGUGGAAAAAUGCUAGCUCCACAUCAAAGGGAUCUGGAACGAUGGGAAUUGUUUGAGAAUGGUUCACUGUUGAUCGCCCUUUUGAUGAUUUCCGCACCAUUUCUAUAUGCAACAAUACUUAGUUUGUGGCUUAUGGGAAAGUUAAGGAACUUACAUGGCAAAUGUUUAGCAUGUUAUCUAUUUUCAUUGCCUAAUAGAACGCUGCUAAUUGUAGUGGUGAAUCUAGGAAUUUCGAAAUUCGAUUAUGUCGCUUGCGCUACUUUAGGAUUCGUCAACUACUAUAUCUUCACAGCCGUCUUUUUCUGGCUUAACGUGAUCUGCUUCAAUCUCUGGCAAAAUUUUCGCAUCACCAAUGUUUCCAUUCAACUAUCAACGGAGCGCAAACAAUUUCUCUAUUAUUCGCUAUAUGCUUGUGGAGUGCCAGCUAUUAUGACCGCUAUAACGGUUACUUUACAGUAUUCCGAUCUGCCAGAAGAGCUGAAGUCGGGUAUUGGUGUCUCACAUUGUUGGCUGAAUACUACUAACUGGUCGGCGAUGAUUUAUUUUUAUGGACCUUGUCUUUUACUUAUCGUUUUCAACAUUGUCCUCUUCUCUUUGACCAUGAAGAAAAUCUUGACAACACGGCGUGAACUGCGGAAGUUGACGGGGGAUGAUUUUCGAAUGCAGCGUCUGCAUUCGCAACAAAAUAAUGUUUGGCUCUUCUUUCGCCUGUUCACUAUAAUGGGUAUUAGUUGGCUACUGGAGAUCUUCGGCUAUUUGGCAGGCUAUAGAAAGGAGUACAUCGUUAUUUGUGCGAUUAUAAAUGCAUUCGACUCCGCCCAAUUAAUUAUAUUUAUAAUA